AACGCAUUAAAAAAAAAAAAAAAAGACUCAAAACACUGCCGUUUAAGACGAGGAUUCCUUCACAGAACCUUCUUCCUCAAAUCGACUAACCGAUUUUCUUAGCUCCGACGUAAACCACCGAUCGCCGAUAUUCAGCUAGUUGAAAUUCCCAGUUCCAAAAAUUCACAACAAAAUGGAGAAAAUGGCGAAAGGUUGGUUUUCGAUGAGCGGCACUAGUAGCAGCGGAGAUCAGCAGCAGCAACCGCUGCAAACAGGAGGAACGUCUCUGCUAGCUGAUUGGAAUUCCUACGCAGCUUCGAGAGAUUUUGAAGAAGAUCCCGGAACUUUAGGCUUCGAUAUCGAAUCCGCCGUUAGAUCUGCCAACGACACUGUCUCCGGAACCUUUAAUGUUGUUUCGAAAGGAGUUAGAGAUAACCUGCAGUCUGCAACAAGUAGUAUGCCUUCAGGAAAAGCUUUGAUGUAUUUCGGUUUACUUCUAGCAAGUGGUGUAUUCUUCAUCUUCAUUGCCUUCACCAUGUUUCUUCCAGUCAUGGUGCUUAUGCCACAGAAGUUUGCAAUUUGUUUUACACUUGGAUGUGGAUUUAUCAUCGGAUCUUUCUUCGCUCUUCGAGGCCCGCAAAAUCAACUCGCUCACAUGUCAUCAGCAGAGAGGCUUCCACUAACUUUAGGUUUCAUAGCCACCAUGGUUGGCACCAUAUAUGUCUCGAUGGUGCUCCAUAGCUACAUUCUCUCUGUGAUUUUCUCUGCAUUACAGGUUGUUGCACUGGCUUACUACUGUAUAUCCUACUUCCCUGGUGGAUCAUCGGGAAUGAAGUUCCUCAGUUCUACUCUUACCUCCUCUGUCUUCAGAAUGUUUGGGAGAUGAGCUUUCGCCUCGAUCUAUCGAUAGAAAAUCAGAAAAAUGACUUGAUUCUCUUGUGUAUAAAGAAGGAUGAAAGAUCUUUAACAUUGAUUAAAUGAAAAAUCUGGUAAGAUAUUUUGGUGCAAAGGCUCAAAGACAGUUUUGUUAUGACUUUUGUAUUUUGAUUCUUUCAACCAAAUUGGUUCAAAUCACCA